AUAUUUUCUUUCCCUCCCUAGUUGCACCUGCACAUCUUAGCUUACGUCCUCUACCUCUUUAAAUUACACUUCCCUACUCAGACACAUCCCACCUUGAAAAACAUCAACAUUUCUUCUGUUCAGUUCAUCAUUCUCUUGAUAUUGAAGAAAGCAAGUUAUCUUCCUUCAAUAAUAUACGGGAAAUUCGAAGCAGAUAAACUGAAAGAUUUAGAAGCGCUUCAAAAAUUUUUAGUUGGAGAAUGAAUGGAAAAAAGGGUAGUAUCGAAAUCAACAUUCCAUCGAUGGCUACCAAAGCCAAUAAGCAGAUUGAAACUGAAAAGAAAGCUGGAACGGGUGGGUUUUCACUUGAGGCGUGGAUUAGGAAAGUAUGGGAAUUUGCUAAAGAAGAUAGCAAUAGAGUAACAUUCUCAUUCAAAGUAGGACUGGCUGUUCUGCUUGUGUCUAUGCUGAUACUAUGCAAAGCGCCUUAUGAUAUCUUUGGCACAAGUAUCAUCUGGUCUAUCCUCACUGUAGCCAUCAUGUUCGAAUAUACAGUCGGUGCGACUUUCAACCGAGGAUUCAAUCGAGCACUUGGAAGCUUGCUUGCAGGAAUAUUGGCUAUUGCAGUUGCCCAGUUAGCUCUUAGAAGCGGCAGAGUAGCUGAGCCUAUUAUCAUUGGAAUUAGCAUCUUCUUGAUCGGGGCUAUUACAUCAUUCAUGAAAUUAUGGCCAUCCCUAGUGCCUUAUGAGUAUGGAUUCAGGGUAAUACUCUUUACCUACUGCUUGAUCAUAGUCUCUGGGUAUCGCAUGGGGAAUCCAAUUAGAACCGCGAUGGAUCGCCUCUACUCUAUUGCCAUUGGAGGGUUUGUAGCAGUACUUGUGAAUGUGCUGGUUUUUCCUAUAUGGGCUGGGGAGCAACUACACAAGGAGCUAGUUAGCAGCUUUAACUCGGUGGCUGACUCUCUUGAAGAGUGUGUAAAGAAAUAUUUAGAAGAUGAUGGAUUAGAGCAUCCAGAAUUCUCCAAGACUGUAAUGGAUGAGUUUCCUGACGAGCCAGCUUACAGAAGAUGUAAAAGUACACUAAAUUCCUCGGCGAAACUUGAAUCUUUGGCAUUGGCAGCAAAAUGGGAGCCACCACAUGGCAGGUUUAAGCACUUCUUCUAUCCAUGGUCAGAAUAUGUUAAAGUGGGAGCAGUUCUAAGAUAUUGUGCUUAUGAGGUUAUGGCGCUUCAUGGUGUCCUACACUCAGAGAUUCAGGCGCCUUACAACCUUCGUAUCACAUUCCAGUCGGAAAUUCUAGAAGCAGCUACGCAGGCUGCAGAACUGGUGAGGAACUUGGGCAAAGACAUUAGCAAUAUGCACCAUAGCCUCAAAACCAUGCUUUUAAAGCAGGUUCACAUAUCAACUGAGCGACUUCAACGUGCCGUAGACAUGCACUCUUAUCUACUCACAUCUCACUUUGACCCUCCUGACACUACUUCCAAACCAUUUUCCAAGUUGUCUAAUACUCUUUCUGGGAUCCCCUGUGACCUCUCAAAUCAACUGCAUGAGCCUGACAGCAAUUGCUUAGCAAAAGACUUGGAUCAAACAAACCAAAGCACGCCGUCAGGAUCUCUCGCAGUAGGACAACCUGUGGAGUCUUACCAUGAGAUGAUGAGGAAGCAAUCGAGGAGGCUGCAUUCAUGGCCAUCAAGAGAGGUGGACGCGUAUGAAGAAGAGGGAGGUCUUCCAGUGGACUUUGUGCCCAGAAUGAGGGCAUUAGAGAGCACUGCAGCACUAUCACUUGCCACAUUCACUUCAUUGAUUAUUGAAUUUGUUGCUAGGCUUGAUCACUUAGUUGAAGCAGUUGAUGAGCUUUCAAAGAUGGCCAAGUUCAAACAUGAGAGUGUAUAGAAGGAAAUUGUCUGCAUAUACAGAUUUUGAUAAGUCACUGAUAUACAAGAAAUACUACUGAAAAAGAAAAUGUAGUAAGGGGGAAAUGGAUUCCAAAAGAAAUUGUAAUCAUCUGAAAAUAAAGUUCCAAUAAUUGAGAAAA